UAUCGCGUAAGCUAAAGCCACAUCUGGUCGCCGACACCGUCAAGCAGUACAUAAGUCGGGCGCAACGAACAACAAAGAAGGGUUCUCAAGAGCAACAAAAUAACAUGGAGUUUUUACGUGGUGUCUAUGCGUUUAUGCAAGUGAGUAGAUCAUCGGUGUCUCAUGUCAAAAUCGAUUCACCUGUUUUUCGCCUGCACACAAACGCAACGGUUAUUUUACUGAUCACAUUCUCGAUUGCUGUGACAACGCGGCAGUACGUAGGAAACCCCAUAGACUGUGUACACACAAGAGACAUUCCGGAAGAUGUUCUCAACACAUAUUGUUGGAUACACUCAACGUAUACAGUUGUGGAUGCGUUCAUGAAAAAGCAAGGUUCCGAGGUGCCUUUUCCUGGAAUUCACAAUUCACAGGGGCGUGGCCCUCUAACAAUAAAGCACACAAAAUAUUAUCAAUGGGUAGCGUUUACACUAUUUUUUCAGGCAAUCUUAUUUUACACACCAAGAUGGCUGUGGAAGUCUUGGGAGGGUGGCAAAAUUCAUGCGCUCAUCAUGGACUUAGAUAUAGGCAUUUGUUCCGAAGCCGAGAAAACAAAAAAGAAAUUACUUUUAGAUUAUUUAUGGGAAAAUUUAAGAUAUCACAAUUGGUGGGCGUACAGGUACUACGUGUGUGAGCUGCUCGCCCUAAUAAAUGUGAUAGGUCAAAUGUUUCUUAUGAAUCGAUUUUUCGAUGGUGAAUUUAUGACAUUUGGCUUGGAUGUGAUAGAUUAUAUGGAGACCGAUCAGGAAGAUCGCAUGGAUCCGAUGAUUUACAUAUUUCCCAGAAUGACCAAAUGUACAUUUUUUAAAUAUGGUUCAAGUGGGGAGGUGGAAAAGCACGACGCCAUUUGCAUUUUACCAUUAAACGUUGUUAAUGAGAAAAUUUACAUUUUCCUUUGGUUUUGGUUUAUAUUAUUAACGUUACUCACAUUAUUAACGCUAAUAUACAGGGUGGUUAUUAUAUUCUCGCCUCGAAUGAGGGUCUAUUUAUUUCGAAUGCGAUUUAGGUUAGUGCGUCGAGACGCAAUUGAAAUAAUCGUUCGUCGUUCCAAGAUGGGCGAUUGGUUUUUGUUGUAUUUAUUAGGUGAAAAUAUAGAUACAGUUAUAUUUCGUGAUGUUGUACAGGAUUUAGCAAAUCGCUUAGGACAUAACCAACACCACAGGGUGCCUGGAUUGAAAGGUGAAAUACAGGAUGCAUGAUAUUGGGAGUAUUAGAAACAAUACAAAAUGCAAUAUGUCGUCUCAAUAUGAAAACCACAACAACAACAACAACA